AUACUUUAUUAGAAUAUAGGAGAGUCGAAGAAAUAAUUUGGAGAUGGUCAAAAAUUCUUUCGUCACUCUAUUUGUAUUUAUAUUUUUCGUUAUUUUUCCUUGUUCACUCUUCCGCUUAGAGCACAACACGAGGAUGGCGACGAAGGCGAUGGAGAGAGGAUUCAAGCUGAUUCUGGGUUCUCAAUCCAUGGCGAGAAAGCGGAUUCUGGCUGAAAUGGGAUAUGAUUUCACUAUCGUGACAGCAGACAUUGAUGAGAAAGCUAUUCGGAGAGAGAAGCCUGAAGAUUUGGUUGUGGCUAUCGCUGAAGCCAAGGCAGAUGAGAUUAUAUCGAAACUGGGAGGUCAAAGCCAGUUUGCGGAGGAUCCUCAACCAACCAUACUGAUUACUGCAGACACUGUUGUUGUGUACAAAGGUGUCAUCAGAGAAAAGCCAACCAGCAAGGAAGAAGCUCGCCAAUUUAUCAAAGGCUAUUCUGGGUCACACGGAGGCGUUGUGGGAUCUGUUAUUGUAAGCAACUUGAAGACUGGAGUUCGAAGAGGAGGAUGGGACAAAGCAGAGGUUUAUUUCCAUGAGAUACCAGCAAAAGUCAUCGACGACCUUAUUGAUGAUGCAAUAACUUUCAAAGUUGCUGGAGGUUUAACGCUGGAACAUCCCCUUAUUUCACCCUUUAUCGAUACUGUGGUGGGAGGAACUGAUACAGUCAUGGGACUUCCUAAAGAACUCACAGAAAAAUUCAUCAGCGAUGUGUUAUAACUUGAGCCCCUUAAUCCCUUAUGACUCUGUACCAAGGCUUAGAUUGAAAUUCUCUCGAGAUUAUAAGGAUUUAUUCUCUAGUCAAUCAUUUAUUUGUAAGUGGGUAAAAUGUAGACUUACGGUCUCAUAAUUCGAGGAAGUACUGAUUAUAUUUUCGGAUUUUGAAUUGUGCGAUUUAAUGAACUUAUUUCUGUCGAAUAUAUUAUGCUUUAGCC